AGGCGGGGUUGCGCCGGAAGAGAAACAGUCCGCCGGAAAGGGGGGGGGCACGCUCUGGAAAUACCUUGCGCCCCUCUCACGUCAGUAGAGGGCGGAAGCGCAGACUACAGGAUGCAGUUCCUGGUUGCGUUGCUCCUGCUGAGUGUCGCGGUGGCGAGAGCUCUGCCAUCCGCUUCUAAGCCAAACAACACAUCAAGUGAAAAUAAUCCUCCGAUUCAACCUUCCACGCCCCUGCCUCCUGGGGUUGAUAUUUCUCAACAGGUAAAGACUAACAGACCGACUGAUCAGAGGCUGGAGUCGGAUAAAGAAGGCCAGGACAAGACGGUGGCUAGGACUUCGGCAUCAGUUUCCAGUGGGGUGGAAUCUGCGACCAAUCUCAAUUUGGAUGAUUCCAAAAAGCACCCCGAAACAGCAGAUGCCAAAUUGAAGGAAACUUUGCAGCAGCUUUUGCCUGUGGACCCCAAACAGGAAAAGUCAGGUCAGAAGUUUACAAAAGAUUCAGGCAGCCCCACAGGAGGUGAUUCCGACAAUACCACAGGAGGUGAUUCUAACAAGACCACAGGAGUUGAUUCUGACAAGACAUCAGGAGGUGAUUCUAACAAGCCCACAGGAAGUGAUAAUGACAAGCCCACAGGAGGUGAUUCUAACAAGCCCACCUCCAAAGUCCCCUCCAAUACAGAGACUCCAAAAAUUGACAAAGUCCAGCUAACUGAAAAAGGACAGAAACCAACACUUAUUUCCAAAACUGAAUCUGGGGAAAAACUGGCAGGGGACUCUGACUUCUCUUUAAAGCCAGAGAAAGGAGAUAAGUCUUCAGAGCCUACUGAAGAUGUGGAAACCAAGGAGAUUGAAGAGGGUGAUACAGAGCCCGAAGAAGGUUCACCACUUGAAGAAGAGAAUGAAAAGGUGUUGGGCCCUUCCUCCAGUGAGAACCAAGAGGGGACACUUACAGAUUCUAUGAAGGAUGAGAAGGAUGACCAUUAUAAGGACAAUUCUGGAAACACCAGUGCAGAAAGCAGCCACUUCUUUGCUUAUCUGGUGACCGCUGCUGUUCUUGUUGCUGUCCUCUAUAUUGCUUACCACAACAAACGAAAGAUUAUUGCUUUUGCCCUGGAAGGAAAAAGAUCCAAAGUCACUCGGAGGCCAAAGGCCAGUGACUACCAACGUUUGAACCUAAAGGUAAGGAAGGAGAAACCCAAUGUAGGAGGGAUAUGCAGCCUCCAGUGGGCCAGUUCUGGGGUUGCCGCAGCCAUUGCUCCUAGCCCUUGGAGACUGCAAGUAGGACCGUCCGCACACUGCAUGUGUAUCUAUCUACAAAGGUAGAGAUAGAGAGGGCUUUCAGUCCUUUCACAUUUGACAGAUAAACAGAUCUACCUGGAAGUGUGAUUUUGUUUGUUUGUUUUCUUUCUGAGUUUCCACUCAGAGGAAAUACUAGCACCUGAUAGUAACUCUGUAUACUUUUAAACACUUUCUUCACUAUUUCAGCUCUUGACAGACAAAUACUGUGAUAAACACUGAACAAUGUGAUCAAAGCCAAAUCUGAUUUACUGAGUAUGGGAGAGAACCUAUCCAUCCUCAUUUUGUGGGGAUCCCCACUGGCUGCCAGACCACACUUUGGGCAACAAAGCCCUGGAUCACAACUCCCCCACAGCAGACGAGCACAUAGGCUGCAAGCAAGCCCGCUGCAGGCUGGUCCUCCUGAUGUGGCUAGUGUGCCUCAGCAGCCUUCGGGACAGCAGGCUUUCCCAUCCGACAGUAAGGGAGAGGGUCUGAAGAAGGUGCUCCCCACAGGUGACUGUAGUCAUCAUAGGUGCCUCAGGCCCCCUGCUCUGUUCUGUUCAGCAACAGUGACAAAAGACAGUUGAUGACUGAGAUGGGAAUGGUUCCCAGAUGACCUACAGGAAACAGUUCACAGCAGUACAGAAUAGCCCACCCAGCUCAGGACGUGUGUCACGCUAGGCCAACCUCACAGUCAGCUCUAGCGCUACAACUUUCCUUGAUAAAUGAUUUUGAUUUCUUUUCCCUCCUUAGUUUUGUUUUAAUGGGAAGAAAGCAAUACACGUGAAAAAAUUUCAGAAUAAUAUAGGAGAGUAUAAAGUAGAAGCCAGUAGUUCAAUCUGCCCACCAUCAAAUGUAGUGUACCAUAUGUGUGCCUGGUGCCAGUAGAAGCCGAAAGAGAUAGUUGGAUCCCCAGAACUGACGCUAAGGACAGUUGUGAACCACUGUGUAGGUGCUGGGAGACAAACGCUACUCCUUUUCAAGAGCAGCAUGUGUUCUUAAGUGCUUACCGUCUCUCCAGCUUACUUUUUUUUUUUAAAGUCACCUAGGUUGUUCAUAGGAGCAUGGGCCUCAUAGCAGUGGCUACCCUGCUGAAGAAAAUACCUCUUACACGCCUAUCAACAAUUACUUAAUUUUGAGACAAUCUCUCACUGUAGCUUAAGACUCGUGAUAUAAUCUUUGCUGGCCUAAAAGUCAUCAUCUUUCUGCCUCAGCCUGAGUACUGAAAUUAUAGGUAUAAGCCACCAUAUUAGCUAAAUGUAUGACUCUCAGGUAUAUAUUUUCUUUUUUUUUAAAGAUUUAUUUAUUAUAUAUGUAUAUACUGUAGCUAUCUUCAGACACAGCAGAAGAGGGCAUCAGAUCUCAUUACAGAUGCUUAUGAGUCACCAUGUGGUUGCUGGGAUUUGAACUCAGGACCUCUGGAAGAGCAGUCAGUGCUCUUAACCACUGUGCCAUCUCUCCAGCCCCCAUAUUUUAUUUCUAAUUUACUUUAAAACUUACUAAAGUGACUUAUGCACUUUAACUUUUAUUAUUUAUUAUUAGCUGUUUCAUAAUGAUGGAUGAGUUUGUCUGACUAACAUAUUUCCCUGAAAAAGCUGAGUAUUAACCAGCAAAUGUGUUGUUCUCAUUUCAGCUUUGAUUUUGAUUUUGUCUGCAAGAACCUUGUCCUCCCUGCUGAUUUGUUUCCGAAUCAAGAGAAAUGAAAAGACUGACCUGUGGGGUUUGGUGGCAAGUCUGGGCUGGCAGAGAUGGGAUUGCUUCAGGUUUUGCACCUGCACUUUGAUGACAUUGUCCUCUGGUGGUGUUUUAUUUACUUUUGUGUUCCCUUUAUGUGAUGUGUCCAUCUUCCUUCCAUUCUUGGAGUACAAGCAGAGGGAGUGUGUGGAAACAUGGCUGUGACCAAAGGAAGACCCCACCUUCCUUAGGCAGGCCACACUAUGGACCACCCUCCCAUAACCCCUUUAUCUUUGCAACUCUAGGAGCAAACUACAGAGGUGCUUUCUAGACAAGAUGUAGAAGAUGAUUCUGUGGGAUGCUGAUGGGCAGAGACAGGGUUGAAAUCUUCUCCACAGAGGCCUCAGCUGCAGACCAGACUAGCAAGUUAAAGAGUGUCAAGGUCCAGUCCGUCUGACAGUCUGUAUAUCUCUCUGAAAUUUGCACUCGAGUUGUGCUAGCACAAAAGGGACUCACUGCUUCUGAAAGUAAAAUCACUGUGCCAUGGGAUUUUUUUUUUUUAAAUAUGGUGAUGAUUAUUGAACUGAACCAGUGUGUUCUUGCAUACAGUCACCCCAAUAGGAACUUCCUGGAAAGAAGCAGGUUUAUGCCUUGUGGAAGAAAACACAUAGGGCUUUGGUAUACAGGAAAGAGUUUCUCACAGUCAGUUUUGCUUUCAUGGUCUGCAGUAGGUAAGAUAGACAUUUAGAAACUCCGUGCGUUCUCCACAUUCCUCCACACUGUUUAAGAUGCCAGGGAAUGAGUAAUAUCUUUCCUAUCCUGUCAUAGCUACUCAUGAAAUUGUAAGAAACCAAGUAGGUUCCCUGAGAUAACCAAAAAUGUCUUGGAUUAUGCUGUGUCUAAAGUUUUAUUCCAGUCUAUAUGGUUACACCUAAAGAGAGAAAACUCUUAACUAAUCUCAGGGAUAUAAAAGGAAGAAAAAUCUGAGUCCUGUGCAGUUGGAGAAGUUGAAGAAGACCUGGUCUUGGAGCUCUUUCUCCAUGCUGACUGUAGCAUGUGCCUGAAGUUUGUAUGCUUGGCAGGUGGCAUUCUAGAAAUGAGGUCAUUGUCUUCCCGACUGUGCAUAAGUCUGCUGUUACUUUUUCCUAGCUGAGAAGCCGUUUUCAGUCUCCCUCAGCUUUCCGUAACUCUUCUUCAGUUCCCCACCUCUUCCAUUCUCUCUUCCUCUUUAGCCCUGUUUGUACACCUCUGAUGAAAACCUUUCCUUCUAGCCUACGUGCAUGCCAUCCCUACCCCGUUCCAGUUGGUGUUGCUUCUAUUCCCUUCCCUCUCUCCCUGACAUUUGCAGGUUUGCCUUGGUCUGUUUUCCUCCUGUUUCUCAAGGUUACUCAGUUAACAGAUCACCAAAUAAAACAGCCCAUUUUCACAGCUUAUAACACUUGGUAAUGAUAGAUGCUGGGGUCUGUGCAUGUUGACAUUCUAGGUGUCUCUUGCAAACUGUCCUUUGCCUUAUCUUAUGGCGUUGGGGGAGGGUGCCCAGGUCUCUCUUGCUUUGACUGUCGCAUCCAUUCUUUAUCCUUUCUGUGACUCUCACAUUUUCUUUGGUCUCCUUCCCAAGAACCCAGUUCUGCUAUAUGCUAAAUAACUCAGCCACAUUGUCUGGUUGUCAUUCAACCAGAGUUUCCCUCUUGUACCUAUUAAGUUCCUCUAUCCUUCGGGUUUUUUAAUUAUCUGAAAACUCUACACUAUAAACUAAUUACAGUGGUCAUCACAGAAGUCCUAUUUGUUUUUUCUUUUUUUAAGAAAUUAUAUAUCUAGGUAUAUUCUCCAUUAAUUUUCAGGAACCAGGUGAAUUGACCUUACCAGUUUUGGAAACCUUGAUUAUUCCAGAACACUCCCUGGUCUGAAGCUCCUGUCUGAUGCUAUAUUCUAGACUACAGGGUCCCUCAUGUCUUCAUGGUCUGGCACUCCAUCUCUGCCUCUGCCCUCCUCGUCUCCUUUGUAUUCCAGCUUCUCCAGGUUGCUCUGCGGUGAGCAUUCCCUUUCCUUCACCUUAGCAGGUCCUUUGGUUCCGGAUGUGCAGUGUUCCUUCUUAGAGUCAACACACUUGCUUGGCUUCCAUUCCUCACUGUCACUGUCUCUUACUGUCACUCUCAUCUUGGAACUUCAGUGUGACAUAGUUCUGAUGUUCUAUGAUCUCCCCCAAGAAAACCAAGCUCUGAGACACAGCCAUUGGCAUCGUUUAUCAGCCAGGGACCUUAGGGGUCAAAUUUCUUGUUGGAGGUGUAGCUGAACUGGGGCUCGCAUAGCUCUUCCUGGCUACUGCUUGCUAUGACCUUAUACUUGUUGAUUUUUUUGCUUUUGAAGAGCAGGAAGGAAGGUUGAUUUUUAGUAACAAAGUGAGUGGACAGACACAUGAAGGAUUGCCAGAGGCUACAGAGCCUCGCCCUCUUGGGCUGCUGACCGAUGUUUCUUGUGUGACAGAGUACAGUUGAAUUUGUUUUCACUUGGAAAGUUGCAUUGAAGGAGAUGGCUCCCACCAAAGAAAAGUUAUUUUUAGGAUUUUUUUGUUUUGUGUUAGUUUUUUGAAGGUAGAAUACUUACUUGAAGCAUAUCUCCUAGAGUGUGUGUGGAUGAUUAUGGUCCAGCUGAGGUGUCUAUACCAAGGACGGGGCUGGCAUGUGAGAAGUACAUGAAGCCUUAACUAGGACUCCUGUAGACUUUUCUGAGCUUGCUCUCCUGCUCAGUGUCUGGCUAAAGGCAAUUUCCUAAGAGGAGCCUGCCUGAGGCACAACUGUUAACCGUUUGCUCUCUAUGGAUUAUAGACACCAGGUCUGGACAACAGCUAAGAAACGUGCUAACGUAUUUUCCCCUAGAAACAGCUCUGUGCCCUUCAGAAUUCCCCAUACUGAUGCUCUUUCUUUUUCUUCGGGGAGUGGUGUGCUUUGCACAUAUCCUGAGCCAUUCGAAGGCAGAGAAGGGUGUGCCAGGCCCUGUGCCCUGUGAGACAGUUUGGUAUUGCCUUAAGAAAGCUGUAAAGAGUCAGCACUCAGGAGGCAGAGGCAGAAGGAUCUCUGUGAGUAUGAGGCCAGCUUAGUCUAGAAUUCAGGUAGCCAGAGUUACAUAGUGAUAGCUUGUCUCAAAAACAAAGACAAAGGAAAGCUGUAAGGAGAUGUUGAAAUUAACUCCAUCAUGAUGGCUCAGUUCCUUUAGUUCCCUGCUCAGAUGUGACUAAGUAGUUUAUCUUGAAACUGUAGUGUGGACCUCAGUUUGCACAGCAGAGCAAACUACCCAUGAAGCUGGCCUCCUCCCACUCUUAGGAAUUUAAUUUAGACUACCAUGUUAAGGAAAUGAGUAAAUGUUGAAAUUAUUUUCUUUGUCUUGUUUACCCAGUUAGAUCACCACUGUUAGCCAUGUUUUGUGUUUUCACCUUUUUUGUAACUUAACUGUAAUGGCUUAAUUUUAUUUUUUUAAAGCUUACUGUGGUAUAAUAAGUAUUUUUCAGUAUAUUUUAUCAAGCUUCUGUAAAUGGCAUCACAGUGUAGUUUCAUGUCAUUGAACAAAAAUCAAUAAAUUUCAGAUAUCAAAGCAUUGAAA